CCCCACUCACACCUCCUCUCCCAAGCCACUCUCACACCUCCUCUCCCAACCCUACACAGACCUCCUGUCCCAAGCCACUCUCACACCUCCUCUCCCAAGCCCUACACAGACCUCCUGUCCCAAGCCACUCUCACACCUCCUCUCCCAAGCCCUACACAGACCUCCUGUCCCAAGCCACUCUCACACCUCCUCUCCCAAGCCCUACACAGACCUCCUGUCCCAAGCCCCACUCCACCUCCUCUCCCAAGCCACUCUCACACCUCCUCUCCCAAGCCCUACACAGACCUCCUGUCCCAAGCCACUCUCCACCUCCUCUCCCAAGCCCUACACAGACCUCCUGUCCCAAGCCACUCUCACCUCCUCUCCCAAGCCCUACACAGACCUCCUGUCCCAAGCCACUCUCACACCUCCUCUCCCAAGCCCUACACAGACCUCCUGUCCCAAGCCACUCUCACACCUCCUCUCCCAAGCCCUACACAGACCUCCUGUCCCAAGCCCCACUCCACCUCCUCUCCCAAGCCACUCCACCUCCUCUCCCAAGCCCUACACAGACCUCCUGUCCCAAGCCACUCUCACACCUCCUCUCCCAAGCCCUACACAGACCUCCUGUCCCAAGCCCCACUCACACCUCCUCUCCCAAGCCCCCUUCCACACACCUCUUCCCAAGGUGUGGUACAAUCAAAACAAGUACAACGCCCUCGACAAACGCUUCGACAAUAACGCCCUCACGAGGAAACAGGGCGUGAGCAAGAAUGAAAAGGGGGAACCAUUGGUGGACAUAGCGCUGAUGCUGUCUAGAACUGUCUGA